AUGAACACUGGGUCAAAGUGCAAGGACCUGCCAGUGCUACUCUGUUUUCCAGCCAGAGAAAACAACUCGGUUCAUCUUUCUCCUACCACUACUGGCCAUCCACGCCCACCACUCUGUGCCUGGUCCAAGACCUUUGCCACUGCCCCUCUCUCUCCUCUUGCCGGGCCUGUACACCUGCCCCUCACCUUGUCAUCAGGCUUGCACCGCGAAAAAGCAAAGCUGGCUUCCCUCAAGACCUCCAAGACCUCUCGCAAGCGCGUUCACCAGCCCUCUCUAUGGCAACGUACUGCUUCAUUUAUUCCAGGAACUGAACAGUAUAGGACCCGAGCCAAAUUGUCCACCCAUUCGCGCAUACCCCUCAUAUACCUGGCUUCUGGGCUACUGCUGCUACUCUUACUUGUCUUUGCUCAGCUAUUUGUAUCACGAGACGUGAAGCCUCGACAAUCCUCCUCUUCUCCGGGCUUUCCUUCCUUCCCCCAGAUCCUCCUGAAUCCUUUUGGAGAUAGUGUCUACAAGCAGGAGGCAUACUACGACCAGCUAGAACCUGGGAUACAGUGCAAACCCAAGUCUCUUUUCUCCGCCGACCUCCCCACCACGCACGCCCUGACCAAUAUGGCCCUCGAAGCUGAGGCAAAGCGCAUUGUUGCGCAGUUUGAAUAUUCUGUGGAAGAUGUCAAUAAAGGUGUCCAGGAAUUCAUCCGUGAGAUGGAGGAAGGUCUGGAGAAGCAGGGCACACCAUUGAGUCAAAUCCCAACCUAUGUCACAUCGGUACCCAAUGGCACAGAGAAGGGCGUAUACCUGGCUGUUGACCUAGGUGGUACCAAUUUUCGCGUGUGUUCCGUCACUCUGCACGGAAAUCAAUCCUUCUCCCUGCAGCAGUCCAAAGUGGCCGUUCCACGAUCACUUAUGGAGGCUAAAACAGCUACUGAACUGUUUUCUUUUCUAGCUAAGCAAAUAGAGGCCUUCUUGGUGGCCCACCAUAGCGACCACUUUGAAAAGCACAAACAAAAUCCCGUGGCGGAAGAGUUCUUCGACUUGGGCUUUACAUUCAGUUUCCCCGUGAACCAGAUAGGGAUCAACAAGGGCAAUUUGAUGCGCUGGACAAAAGGCUACGACAUUGAAGAAGCCCUUGGUAAGGACGUCUGUGAGUUGCUACAGAAAGAACUGGAUGCAUUGAAGCUACCCGUCAGGGUCGCUGCCCUUGUCAAUGAUACGGUGGGGACACUCAUGGCGAGAUCCUACACUUCACCAGGAAAGACUAAGACACUCAUCGGUGCUAUCUUCGGGACUGGUACAAAUGGUGCAUACGUCGAGUCAUUGGACAAAGUCAAAAAAAUGAAGUCCAUUGACGAGGCUGAAGGUGGUCAAGCCAAUUAUGACAAAUCGACAGGUUUGAUGAUCAUUAAUACUGAAUGGGGAAGCUUUGACAAUCCCUUGAAAGUUCUCCCCAAUACUCAGUAUGAUGUCGACCUAGAUCGAGAAUCCGUCAAUCCUGGUAUUCAGAUGUUUGAGAAGCGUGUCUCCGGCAUGUUUCUGGGAGAAAUUCUUCGUCGGGCCUUGCUGAGUCUUUAUGAGCACAAAGACCCCAAGGUUGCCCUUUUCAAGGAUAACUCAUCACAUGACAAUGACAUUCGAAGCACUACUACUGUUGACCCAAGCAGUGCCCUCUUCAAGCAAUGGGGUAUCGACACAUCUUUCCUUUCCAUUGUCGAGGAAGAUCAGUCAGAUCAUCUGCGGAUCACUAAGCAAACACUAGAGAGGGAGCUCAAUAUCGGAGCUGCUUCGACCGAGGACUGUGUAGCAGUCAAGAUGCUUGUCCACGCCAUCGGAAAACGAGCAGCCCGCUUGAGUGCCGUGGCAUUGGGAGCAGUUGUCAUCUCAAGCAACAAGCUGAAGGAAGACGAAAUGGUAGACAUUGGAGUUGAUGGCAGUCUGGUAGAAUACUACCCGGGCUUCGAGGAGUAUAUCCGUGAGGCCUUCAGAGAGAUUCAAGGCAUUGGCGAGGAUGAGAAGCGCAUUAGAAUUGGUCUUGCGAAAGACGGUUCUGGUCUUGGAGCAGCAUUGAUUGCUUUGGUUGCCAACAAGUCCGAUGUCCCUUUGUAA